CACGCGUCGUCAGAUCUCGCUGAAUGAGUGGAACAGAUUUAGUUCUGUUUUAGUUUUUUUUUGUUCUUGUGACAUUUAUUUUUUCAAGUGAAAGAGAGUGUAAAAGGAAUCAAAUCGAGAGAGACGGCGAAAAUAUUUCUCUCCACCGCCAUGGGUGCGGAGAAGAAGAUGCUGCGUUUAUUACUGCGGGUGUUGGUGUUCGUUGCAGCUGUGAAAGGGGACUCUGCUGACUGCACUUUCGAAGAAGGACUGUGCGGAUGGACGAAGCAGGGCAGCGGCGUGGAGUGGAGGAGGAGCCAGACCACUCCCGGAGGACAGGAGUCGGGGCCUGCAGGCGCCCAUGAAGGCUCUUGGUUCGUAUACCUGGACACGCGCAACGGAACCGACUUGUCCGAGGCGAGACUGGAGGCCGACCUCGAGCCCUCUGAGGCCGGCUCGUGCUUCGCCUUCUGGCUGAGCUCACACGGCCCAGAACUCGGCAAGCUCGAGCUAUACGCGGACGGUGUGGUGGUGUUCUCAGAGUUCGAAGAUCGCGGUCCAGACUGGCGUCGCUUUUCGAGAACCCUCAAACCUGCACAAUCUCAGCUAAUGUUUGUCGGCAUGCAAGGACCGGGAUCUCUUGGUUUCUUCGCCCUCGACGACUUCGAGAUUACGUCUGGGCCCUGUACGCCGCCGCCUCCUUCCCCGGACUACCUCUUCAGCUGCGACUUCGAGGACAACAGCUGCGAAAUCACUAGCGAGGCGUAUUUGGGAACGUCUUGGAAGAGAUCGUUUGGAGGAAGGAUCGGUUUUGAUCAUACGAGCAACUCUGUUGAGGGGCACUUCCUCCAAUUGGCCAUCGAGUGCGAGGGUGCUGCCUGUGAGGGGGGCGCAGUGGACGCCUCCUUGCCCGUCCUCAGCACCGACACCCUCUCGUCCGAUGCCAGCGUCUGCUUCCGAAUGUGGUACCGCAUGUUGGGCAGGGGCGGCCAGCGAUUACAGGUCGUCCUGGAUGAGGAAGAACUACUCUUCGACCGAGAAGACACCAACACUUUCAGCGACGAGUGGUUCCUAGGGACGUAUCAGUGGACUUCGGUGGAGGCGAUGCCUUCUCGACUCAACCUCACCCUCCGAGCCAUCGUGGGCAGCCUCCAGGACAACAGAACCACGUACCACGCAGUCGACGACGUGGCAGUGUUCGCGGGGGAGUGUCCGACCGUCCUCACCACGUGCACGUUCGAGGGCGGGGACACGUGCGGCUGGUCCAACACCAUCAUAAGCGACGACAUGGACUGGCUGGUGUUCGCGGGCCCUUCGCCCAGCUCUCCUGACGCAGGCCCGGCCUUCGACAACACACUCGCGGACAGCGACCCCCUCGGAGGACACUACCUUGUGGCCGACUCCCACGAGGCCGAGGGGCACCGCAUGGCCGCCCUCCGCUCGCACCUCCUCCCUGGCCUCGGCGCCUACUGCCUCUCCUUCUUCUACUUCAUGAAGGGCCCGCAAGUCGGUCGCUUGGAAGUCAGGACGUGGAACACCGUCGGCGGCGUGUCCGGGAGUGAAAAGAUCGUGUGGGCUCUCUCUGGCAGCAAUGGUGAAACGUGGCAAUACGGGUCCGUCGGCAUAACGUCUGAGGAGGACUUCUGGAUCGCUUUCCAAGGGAGUGUGCUGAGGGCCGGCGGAGGUGACAUCGGUCUGGAUGACAUCACCGUCACGAAGGAAGCGUGCGGAGUGCAGCCGCCUGUAGCUGGGGUGUAUCCCUCUGAGCCGCCAGAGACAGAACCACCGGUCAUAACGGAGUGGAGUUGCGCCUUCGAGGACGAGGGUGACUGGCUGUGCGGCAUGAGCGAGGUCGCAGGAGGGUGGCAGGUCAAGGCAGGCUGGGACGCGGCCGAAGGGACCAACCCGCCGCUCGACCACACUACCUCUUCUGGUGAUGGCCACAUGCUGUACCUGCCUGGCUCAAAAACCGCCCAUGCCGAGCUGGAGACACCUUCCCUUGGAUUCCCCGGCGACAGCGAAGCCUCUUGUUUAUCGCUGUGGUAUCGUAUUCCUACUGCAGACGCUGGGACACUGAAGGUUUUCAUGAAGGACUUAAAUAAAGAAGACGACAUCCCAGUUCUACUGUUGGACGGGCGCUGGGGGUCGAAGGACUGGCUCUAUGCCCAGGCCUGGCUCAACCCAACGACCUCAGGCCAAUUUGAGAUUCGCUUGCGCGGAGAACCCGGAGGAGCCGAGAACGCCGGAAUAGGUGUCGAUGACGUCAGAAUAACAGCGGGGGCGUGUCCGUGGCUGCGACAGUGUGACUUCCAGGACUCCACUUGUCUGUGGGAAGUGGAGGCCCAGGAUGACAGCUUCCAAUGGACAGUUUCGACGGGGCAGGGCAAUCGUGGGCCUGAAAAUGAUCAUACCUUCAACGAGAACUCAGGAGGCUAUCUAACGAUCUACACCAACGGAACGACGCCGGGAGUUUCCAGCACACUCAAGAGCGUCACUUUGCCCCCCUCAACCACCUGCCUCAACUUCUGGUGGGCCUUCAGUGGCUCCGACGUUGGGACGCUACAGAUCCUGCUAAAAGGCGUAUCAUGGGAUUCCUGGAAGACCGUUUGGAGUCUGGAUAACCCAACCGGCGGCGACGCUGAAGCUCAGGGAGACUGGCACCCCGGCAGUAUCCCUUACAACCACACUGACUCGGGCAUUGUCCUGGCGUUCCAUGUGAUUAACCACAAAAAGAACUCUGGCUGGAUAGCUCUGGAUGAUGUGGCUGGUCACGAGGGCACAUGCGAGGUGAUUCCUCUCGAGGCAGAGAUACAGAAUCCCGUCGACCCGACCACCGCCACUCAGGGUCCGACGCUGGAGCCCGUCGAUUCUUGGAGUUGUACCUUCAAGGAUGACCUCUGUGACCUCGUCUCCCUGGAAGGCUACGCGGGCAAGUGGGAACGUGGAAACACAUUGGAUAAGGUCCCUGAUGCUCAAGGUGUGUUGUUUGUGUUAAAUGGUAAGAGAUGUCAUAAUCGAUGUGAUUUAGAAAGUUAUGAUGGUAACAGGCACAGUAAGGGUAAGCUCCUCUUCCGCAGUGAUUCCUCUCGAGGCAGAGAUACAGAAUCCGUCGACCCGACCACCGCCACUCAGGGUCCGACGCUGGAGCCCGUCGAUUCUUGGAGUUGUACCUUCAAGGAUGACCUCUGUGACCUCGUCUCCCUGGAAGGCUACGCGGGCAAGUGGGAACGUGGAAACACAUUGGAUAAGGUCCCUGAUGCUCAAGGUGUGUUAAUCGUCUUCGAAGCAGAGAAGGGCAUCAACGCGGAAGCAAUCAUCGCCCUCGACGAGCUGCUCCUCCACGGGGCCCCCUGCAGCGUCGUCGGACCCACGGACGCCCCGGACACGAGGAUGAUGUGUGACUUCGAAGAGGAUCUGUGCGGGUUCAAGUUAGAGGACGAGCAUGGCAAGUGGAUAUGGACAUACCCACACAACCCUGACAACGAUUUCCCUCACCCGUCCAAGGAUCAUACUUAUUACACAGGAUAUGGGCACUACCUCGCCGCGCCCUUGGAAGACGACCGCGAGGGCGUGGUGGGGCGCGUGGUGAGUCCCGAAUACAGCCUGGAGAGACACGAAGAGCAGUGCCUCGUCUUCUGGUACGUCCACAACGGGAACACAAACAGGGACGUCCUUGAAGUCUAUGUCAAACACGGACUGAACAUCUUCCCUCAGGCUGCGUGGAGAGAGACGGCGAACCACAUGUACACGUGGAUGAUGGCCAACAUCGCCAUCCCUUCCGGCCGAAACCACUUCAGCGUGAUCUGGAGCGCCGUGCAAAGGAAGAGGGACAACCAAGGGGUCUUUGCGCUCGACGACGUGGAGAUCCUGGAGAAGGAGUGUCCAAAAAUAGGUACCUGCACCUUCGAGUAUGGGACGUGUGGAUGGCAGAACCUUUACCAGACAGAGAACAAGACAGACGAAACGGACUGGAUUCAGGGCUCGGGAGAGGACGGUCUGAACGGGAUUGCGCCUCCGAAUGACCACGCCGGAGAUACUAAAGGGAGAUUCCUCUAUGUGGAUGGCGCGAACAACACGACGGGGACAGCUGUGUUGGAGAGUCAGCUGUUGACGCCCGAACAACACAGCGAUUUCUGCUUCUCCUUCUGGUUCUUCAUCGAAGGAGUGCCAGCAGACGAAAUCAGCAUCAGCUCUGUGGUGUCCGACGGCACCGAGAAAGUCCUCUGGUUCUAUGACGGUGCCAGUCAGGGAUGGACUAAGGGCCAAGUGAGGGUCAACGCUGCCAUAUUCAUCUUUGACGAACUGCCUUACCAGCUGUACAUCCGCGGGCGCAGAACCACGUCAGCAUCCGUCCUUUCCAUAGACGACUUCUCCUUCAAGAGGGAGCUCGAGUGCCAUACUCUCCCCCCUCCUUCACCCUCCACGACCCCGCCCACGUCUACGCUAUGGGCUUGCACCUUCGCCCAUGAAGACUACUGUGGGAUGACACUGUCCGGGGCUGGCCUGUGGGACUUCAGUGAGGACGAUUCGGCUCUGGAUCACGGCGCAGAUUCCUCUACCUUGGUGCUCGAGGCAGACCCGGGCAAGGGGAGUCGUGGUGCCCUGCCAAUGCUCGCGGCAGUCGAAGGCCCUCGGUGCCUCACCUUCUGGUACCAGAUCGACGGCGCUGAUGCUGGAGAACUGUCGGUUGUUGUAACACUAAGCGAAGGCAAAGAGGAGGCUGUGUGGACGCGUGGCUGGCCUCAGGUGGCGUGGGCGCUCGCCUCCGUGGACAUUCCCGUUGAUGGCUCCUCGAAGGUGGAAAUCGUCGGUCUGAUGGGCGACAGCAUCGAAGCAACCAUAGCGAUUGACGACUUUAUGAUCCUAGAACACUCUUGCGAUACGGGGCCGACAGAUGGACCUGCAGCUGGUAACUGUGACUUCGAAGAGAGCUCCCUCUGCGGGUACACGUCAGAUGCGGGUCUUGGCGACUGGAAGUGGAUCUCCCCCAACAAAGACUCGGGUGACGGGGUUCCUCAUCCGUCCGUGGAUCAUACUUACAACACAGGCUAUGGUCACUACAUGGAAGCGUCGCUGGUGCCGUCGACAACAGAAGGACUCGUGGGACGCUUGAAAGCACCGGAGUUCAUUCAGCCUGAAGACCUCCAACAAUGCGCUUCUUUCUGGUACAUCCACAACGGCGGCUCCAACCUCGACAAACUCUUGGUCUACGCCAACCGAUCCGGAGACGUUGGCAUGCCUUUGUGGAAGGAGACAGCGGGGUACAUAAACACGUGGCUCUCGGCGUCGGUGCCAGUGCCCUCGGGAGCCUUGCCGGUGCAGCUGAUAUGGGAAGCUUGGCAGGACAAACGCGAAGAGCAUUCCUCCAUUGCUGUUGAUGACGUCACCAUCAAAAAUGAAGCAUGUGGAGCCAUUGGCUCGUGCGACUUCGAGAAGAGCACCUGCGGCUGGCAGAACGUCGUGGAUGAGAGCGGGGGAUCAGGCAACCAGGAGUGGGUUCGAGGCGCGGGCGAAGGAGGGAACAGCGAUGCGCCGUUGGUGGACCACGAUGGCAGUUCGCUCGGAAUGUUUCUCUACGUCGGGUCUACCAUGUUUGGCACUGGUCUGGCACUGCUGGAGAGUCAGAUGCUGAUUCCUGAACAGCACAACAAUCUCUGCUUCCACUUCUGGUGGUUCCUUGACGGCUUUGACGCCGAAGACUCGAUCUGGAUCCGCCUGUGGAAGGACGACGGCCACAACUCCGAGAUCUGGAGGCAGAAGGCGGACAGCUUCAUCGGGGGGUGGCAGGAGGGUCAGGUCCACAUCAAGGCAGACGGCGUAUUCGAGCCAGGGGCGUACCAGAUACGCAUCGGCGGCAUGCGAGCCACCGACCUGUCGACUAUCGCCAUCGACGACUUCGACAUGACUCAGUUCUCGGGCUCUUGCGACACCUUACCCCCCGAUCACGUGACUCCGGCUCCUACCGACACCCCGAGCUUGUGGGAAUGCGACUUCGAAAACAGCCACCUCUGCAGCAUGUAUGGGAUGGGCGAGGCGGUUUGGGUAGUGUUGACGUCAGAUACUAUAGACCACGGUGAUGGAGAGCACUGCAUCUCGCUGCUCGGGACCAAAGGGGAGGAGGGGCGAAGGAGAAUCCCCAAGCUGACCCCCCAGGACGGCCCUCGGUGCCUCACCUUCUGGCACUUCCUCGACGGGGCCGAGAGUGGCGAGCUCUCCAUUAUCGUCACCACCAACGACAUCGAGCAGAAGAUCUGGGCGAGGUCCCUGCCUGAUCCCGGAUGGACGUUCGCCUCAGUCAACGUCCCCAUUGACGACUCCUCGCAGAUUGAUUUAUCAGGUAUCAAGGGCGGCAAUUCGAUGGCGUCUAUGCUAGUGGACGACAUGUCUAUUCUUCAGAAAUCGUGUGAGACAGAUGCUGUCAGAGAAUGCGGCUUCGAAGAGAGCGACAUCUGUGGCUACACCAGUGAAUCAGGACUCGGGAACUGGACGCGGGUGUCGCCACACGACGGCGACAGCAGCCUUGCUCCUCACACGCCCGUCGACCAUACCUACAACACUGAAUAUGGCCACUACAUGGAGGCGUCGCUGGUCCCCUCCCAGAAGGACGAUCUGGUCGGGCGGCUGAAGACCCCCGAGAUCUCGCAGCCGGUGGACGUCCAGCAGUGCGCCACCUUCUGGUACGUUCACAACGGCGCGACGGUUUUGGACAAGCUCCUCGUCUACGGCGUUCUCAACGGGGACUACGGCAGGCCGCUGUGGAAGGAAAAGGCAAGCUACAUCGACACGUGGUUGUCCGCGUCGGUGCCACUGCCAACAGGGCCGCCGACCGUGCAGCUGGUGUGGGAGGCCUGGCAGGGCAAGAGGAACGACCACUCCACCAUGGCCGUUGAUGACGUCACGAUUAGCAUGCAGCCCUGCGACGCCAUCGGAACGUGCGACUUCGAGACGAGCACGUGCGGCUGGCAGAACGUGGUGUCGGGAGACAACCGCACGGACGAGUCGGACUGGAUACGCGGGUCGGGUCGGACGGGCAUCGAUCUCGACAACCCCGAUGCGGAUCACAAUGGAGAUGUCAAUGCCACGUACCUUUACGUAGACACUCAAUUCGAUGGCACCGGAAUGGCACUGCUGGAGAGCCAGAUGCUCCAGCCUGAACAACACAACAACCUUUGCUUCCACUUCUGGUUCUUCAUCCAGGGCGAGGAAGAGGACAACAUAUGGAUUGAGCUGCAGAAGGAGGACGACCAGAAACACGAGGUCUGGAAUGCCGACGGCCAGAGCGACACGGUUGGGAAAUGGAAGGAAGGACAAGUGCACAUCAAGGCUAAUGAUUUAUUCACCCCUGCUCCGUAUCAGGUCUUCAUCGUUGGUUUCCGCAAGUCCAAACACGCCAAAAUAGCCAUCGACGACUUCGUCAUGUCCAAAUUCGACGGAAACUGUCCAGUGUUGCCAACUCAUAACGAGGAUAUUUCUUGUGACUUCUCGGAGGACCAGUGUGGCUGGACAAACGAUCCAGACAACCAGAUUGAUUGGAAAUACAAUGCCGAGGCCAACGAGAUGUGGCUCGACCCGGCGGAUGUGGGAGACAACUACAGGGUCGGGCGCUUCGGGAGUCCCGUCGUGGAGGUGAACGAGGGAGAUGCCCUUUGCUUCACGAUGACUUGGAAGAAGGAGGACCAGGUCGAUGCUGCGCUCUCCGUCAAGCUCUACAGCGAGAGCCUCAUUGAGGAGGAGACCCUCAUGACGAUCCACGACGGCUUCUCGGGCGAGUACAGGAACACGAGCGUCGAGGUCACAAAGGCGGGGAAACACCACUUUGUCAUCACCGGCCUGGUCAGUCCCCGUUGGGAGGGCGUCAUGCGCUUUAGUGACGUCUCCGUGACCGACUCUCCCUGUUCGGAAGUCGUGGUUGCAGGAGGACUCAGUUGCGACUUCGAAAACCCUCAACAGUGCGGCUUCCACACUUCCCUUCCCGGAGACACAGCGAAGUGGACAUGGGGCUCCGGCACCCCUUCUCUUGACCACACCCUCGAUGCUAGGGAUGGUCACAGCAUGUUCGUCAACGUGAAUGAAGUAGGGAGUAACAAAAUAACACAUUUAGUUACUCCGUCUAUCGUGCCCACGGAUGAGUACGUGUGCAUUACCUUCUGGAUAUAUAUACAAGGCGCCCAGUCCUCUAGGCUUACGAUGUACAUAGAGCAAGGGGGACUCAACAGCCUCCCGCUCUGGACGAAGCAAAAGUCCUUCGGCACGGAAUGGCGCGGCGCCAGAGCCAGCACCUGGGUCGAUGUUUCUCAGAACUUUACGGUGGUCUUCGAAUUACUAACGGACACGGAGAUAAUCUUCGAGAGCGUGGCAGUGGACGACGUGGUGAUCAGCCCAGGGAGUUGCCCGGAACCCGUGACGUGCAACUUCGACGACGACCUCUGCCUGUGGACGCAAGGACACAUGGACAUGCUCAACUGGAAGCUUGUUGACAGUCUGGGUGAUCUUCAUGACCAUACGUCUGGCAACGGUUAUUUCCUGGCCCUGAAAACAGGACCUCCGGCAGCACCUGGGGACACUGCGGUGCUGGACUCCCAGCCUGUCAUGAUCUCGGGCGUCGCCUGCCUCUACUUCUGGUACAACAUGUGGGGCGCGGGGAUUGAGCACCUGAAUGUACGGCGGCAAGAAGGCGAAACGAAACUCACGUCGCUGUGGAAACUGGAAGGAGCGCGCACCCAGAACGAAACGGAGUGGCAGUACGCCAGCUUACCUGUCUACGGCAGCUCGAGCGAAUUUUUGCUGAAGCUCCAGGCGGUCUUGUCAAGCGCAGACGAGGAGGCCCACGGGACGAUCGCCGUGGAUGACGUGCUCCUCGUGGCGUCCGUGGAGUGCGCCUACGAGCCCCCCGAGGCCGAGGUCCUCCCCCCCACCGCCAUUCCGCCCACGCCCAAGCCCACGCCCACGCCGGGUUUCCUGCAGUCCUGUGACUUCGAGGAUUACGGCGACCCUUUCUGCGGCUGGACCGAGGUCUCUGCCAACGAGGAUUACAAGUGGACCAUUGUGAAGGUCGUCUUCGCAGGCCAAGUCUCGCCGUUCAUCGAACUCUCCGACCAGAUUGGCGUCACCGAGUGGACUCUCCUGCAGCAGACCUACACCAACCUCGUCCCCAACGCCACCGUGGGUUUCCUUAUCGAGGGGGAGGUGGGCGUGACCGACCCUGACUACGGCGAGUCUGUGGUGGCUGUGGACGAUUUCUCUCUCACCAACAGCGCGUGUCCUAGACCUGGUUCAUGUGCCUUUGAGGACGCCAACCUCUGCUCGUGGCACGUCGAAGCGAGCGAGGACCUGGCAUGGCAGCUCACGGACGGCCAGGAGAGCCACGACCAUGGCCCUCAGACUGACCACACGACGAACACCACAACAGGUGGCUACAUGAUCGUCGAGGACUACGGGGAACAUUUGGGGAUGUCGACGGCCCUCGUGAGCGGACGGAUCCCCGUGGACGUGUAUGGAUUUUGCUUCUUCUUCUACUUCUCUCUCAGUGGGGACACCGACGCCAAGCUGAGCGUGUCCGUGCGCACCGAUCAGGGCAAGGAUCUCCUGUGGCUGCUGUCAGGGGACCAAGGACAAAACUGGGUCUACGGCCAGGUGGGAAUCCCCGGGUCCUCAGGAAGCGGCGAGUUCGAGCUGGUUGUGGAGGGCACCACGGGCUCCUUCGCCGAUGGCUGGAUCGCCGUCGACGACCUCAACACUCAGACUGGCGAGUGCGGGAUGCAGCCUCCGAUUGCCACUCCCACGGCCAUGCCUACUACCACGCCUUCGCCAGACACCGUCAUCUUCGAAUGCGACUUCGAGAUCAACAAAUGCAACAUAGAGGAAGCCACAUCCGACGACUUCGACUGGGAAUACCAACACACUGAAGACGACUUCGAGUUGCCUCAGGGCGGGUACCUCUUGGUAGAUUCUGCAGGCAGGUCUCGCGGCAAUCGAGCGGUUGUCAUCACUCCGGCUGUGAGUUACCGGGGCUACCAGUGCGUCUCCUUCAGGUACCGAACUUUGGGGAGUGAACCCGGAGAGUUGAUGCUUUUCUACUCCUUCCCGGGGCAGCGGAGUGAGAGCAUCUGGCGCAGAACCCACACCACGGUCCCUGAAUGGCAGGAGGGCCACGCCGAGAUCGACUCAGGAACGGAUUACACGCUGGAAUGGGAGGUGCAGGUGACGGGCCAAGAUUCGAUUAUCCUGCUGGACAACAUUCGCAUCACGGCAGGCAAUUGCCCCGUCCGAAGCCACUCCUGCGACUUCGAUUACGAGGGAACGAACGAUAAAUAUUGUGGUGGUUACGCAGAUAAAUCCCUGCCGGAGUUCCAGUUCUACCGGGAAUCGGCCGAGCACAGUAGUUACAAGUACGCUAUCGAGGACCACACCUACCAGUCUAAAUACGGUUACUUCGUAGUAGCGGACUUCAGUGUAGCUUCAGAGGCGGGUCAGAAGGCGAAAAUGUACGGUCCCUCCUUCAUCAGUAGCUCUCACUGCCUCACCUUCUGGUAUCAGUUCGAGACGCAAGACAUCACCCUCUUUCGAGCGAUGGCCAACGAUACGGAGGAAAUCAUAUUCUCUGUUGUUGGUGGCACGGGCAUGGAGUGGAGGUUCGGCGCAGGCGAGAUCAACGGUGCCAAGACAGGCCGCGUGAUGUUCGAGGCUUAUACAGGGGAGACGCGCUAUGGCUACAUUGCUAUCGAUGACAUUCUCCUUGAUGACUCCCUGAGCUGCCCUGUGAAAGGCAAAUGUAACUUCGAAGACGGCGUUUGCGGAUGGAGUAACACAGGUGACCUCGAGUGGGUCUUCGGCAAGCUGGAGGGCGAGCUGGGGCCUCUAACGCCCACCCACCUCAUGUUCGUCACGCCCAGGGAAAGCAUGGAAGGGAAGAAGGCAAUACUCACCUCACCCAUUCUCGAACCCGAUGCCAACUGCGUCAAAUUCUGGUACAAGCGGGAGAAGGAAGCCCCGGCCUCAUUCAUGGCCACGGUCGCGCCGGGACCUGAGAGCCCCGGAGCCCACACCCCGACGGCCAUGUGGCAGUUGCCGAGCAGCGUGGGCGAGGAGUGGGCGCAGGGGCAGUUCCCCAUCACGCCCGAAGAAGCCGACAGUCUUCAGGUGAAUAUGGUCGCCACCCGCUUAGCAGGCAGUUGGACAGAUGGCCACACCCAUGGCCUGGUGAGCAUGGACGAUCUCGAGGUGCUGAUCACGGCCGAGUGCCACCUUAUGCCACCUGAUGCUGUUCCUGUCACCACACCUGCCCCACCGUCUACUAUUCGCCCAACAGUCUCUCCUACUACCGCCUCGUGUGAUUUCGGAGAUCAGACUUUCUGUGAGUGGCGAUCUCAACCCGGAGACGUUACCUGGAGCCUCUUGGACGGCAUAGUCCACACACACUACCUGGGGCCUCUUAGUGAUCACACCGCUAUCGAUGGAUAUUUCAUGACACUCACGCCCACUUUUGGAGACUUGAACGGCGAAGCAACCCUUAUCAGCCCUGAACUCUCGCCCACGGAGGACUUGUGCAUGCGUUUUUGGUACCACAUGGACGGUACAGAUGUUGGUGCUCUCAAGAUCAACCUGAAGACUGAAAUUGAUAAUAUCAACAUCUGGCAAAGGACGGGCUUCCAGACUUCGAACUGGACGGAAGCUUACCUCGGCAUCGCCUCGUCCUCGAAAUUCGUUAUCGAGAUCGUGGGCAUCCAAGGUAGCAACCCGCUCGCUAACAUCGCCCUCGACGACAUACUCUUCACGCCGUCUAUCUGCCCCGAGAACAGCGGAGCCCUAGGAACAGACACCAUGAAGUGCACAUUCGAACAAGGAGGCGAGUGUGGCAUGCAUGACAACUCCGGCACAGGCUGGGUGCCCGAGAGAGCUCCUCAGGCCGACCACACGACACACACGGCACAAGGCCACGUCUUCGAACUCCGCGGCGGGGGAGGGAAAGUCAAGACGAAGGCGAUCAAGACGCCGAUUCUGAAGAGCAACACACCUCAGUGCCUCACGUUCUUCUACCGGUCUGAGGGCAAGGAGGAGGCGACGCUUACGGUUUGGGUGGAAUCCAAUGGGCAGACGGUCAGCGAGAAGAACACCCAUGUGAAGAUGGCUCAGCCUGCCUGGAGAGCGUCUCACAUCAACAUCUUCGAAUUCUUUGGGGAAAAUACCAAGGUCGUAUUCGAAGGGAAAGUCGGCGACGACCACGAGACCGUGAUCCAGCUGGACGACCUGCUCCUGACCGACGGCAACUGUCCGAGCAUCCAAGGGAACUGCGACUUCACGGACGAAACCACUUGCUUCUGGACCAACGAGGAGACCGGCCUGCAGUGGGUCGUGUCGGACGGCCAGACCUUCCACCGGCUCAACGGACCAGCGAGUGACGGGGAGAAGACCCACUACGCCCUCUUCGAGACGGGUCCCCACCACCCCAGCGGCUCCAUCGCUCGCCUCAGCAGCCCAACCAUCGUGUCGGACGGAAUCGCUCAAGAAAUUUGCUUCAAGUUCUCGUUUGCUGCCUCUUCCGAACACGCUGGAAAGUUAUCAGUGCUGAUAGCGGACGUAGGCGAUGUCGGAGAGCAAGUUUUGUGGGAACUCUACAUGACCGGGGACUAUGCUGACUCUACGUGGCAUGAGGCUCGGGUUCUUGUGCGGAGUCCGCCAAAGAACUACCUGUUAGUGAUGCAAGCUGAUUCAUGGGACGGACGAGAAGGGUAUAUCGCCGUGAACAACUUUAUUACGGAUAUUCUGUAUUGUGCCCUGUCCCCCCCGGACGCCGCCCCCUCCCAGUUCCCUCCAUCCACCCUGCCCCCGGAGACGACCACCCCCGGCCCGGUCCUCCCCUUUUCCCCCCUCAAGUGCGACUUCGAGGACGCCGAGAAGCCUCUGUGCGACUUUCUGCAGGACUCGGGCGAAUACGAUGGCGUCUGGAACUGGGUUGAUGCCUCGUCGCCCCCCUCGCCUUUGCAUCCGGGCGUGGACCACACCUUACACACAGGCGCUGGGCAUUACCUUGCAGCCGCAAUGCAGGAAGACAGCCCAUACAAUCAGUCAACAGCUAGACUGAAAACACCGAGAAUGGACAACAGCUUGGAGUAUUGUCUCACUUUCUUCCUCCACCACAUAGGCGACCGCCCCCCUCCCUUGAUUGUCAACGUCGAGGCUUGGGACGGGCCACAGCAAGUGGAGGUGCUUCGGCGAGAGUCUUCCCUGCACGACACCUGGGUCUUCGUCGAGAGGGAGAUCCAAGCAAAUAUUAUCGACACCAACAUCCGAAUCAGCAUCGAAGCCAAGCUGAGCACCUUCCAAGAUGGAGAUGCUUCGCUGGAUGACUUGAGGGUAUCGAUAGGCCGUUGCCCCGACCACGACAGCAUGUCCUGCUCCUUCCAGCAAGGGCUGUGCGGCUACGAGCAGGAGCAGGAGCUGGACGACCUGGACUGGCUCUGGCACGACGGGAAAGGGGACGACGACGCUUUCCUGCCCGUCGAAACCCACUGGCACUUCUUCUAUGCCUACCUCAACACCUCCGCUCCGCCGGGAUCCACCGGCGUUAUGUACAGCACAGAGCUCCGCCUCUCGUCGCCGCACUGCAUGGUCUUCAACGCUCAUAUCCACGCGGAGAAAGGCAAGUCGGCCGUCCUCGAAGUCCUGAACGUCGGGGAGGGCACCAUCGCCGACGGGCAGCUCUUGGACCGCUUCGAAGACUUAGGGCCAGACUGGGCCACGCUUCAGGUCGUGCUGCCCUCGUCCGAACGUCCCAUGCGCCUCGCCUUCCAGGGCAUCAUUCCCAAUAACGAGAACUUCGAACACUCCACCUUGGCCAUCGACGACAUCUUCAUCCGGGCUGGAGGCUGCGACCCCCCGGGCUACUGCACCUUCGACGGCUACCUGUGCACCUGGUUCAAUAACGAGCACAUGGGGUCGCUCGUGUGGGAGUCCUCCGGGCCGGGGGAUCUCUCGCUCGAAACGAGGCCGUUUGCGGACUCGACGCAGAGGGACCACUCGGGAGGUUUCAUGUUUAUUGAAGCUGAUGAAGUUUUGUCAGGGGAAAGAGCCUGGCUCAUGAGUGACAGACUAGCAGCCUCGGGUCCCCAUGAACGCUGCCUCAUUUUCUGGUAUCACAUGUACGGCGCCAAAGGUACCAGUCUUUCAGCCCACACUUACUGGGAGGAGUUCGGACAAGUGACAACACUGUGGGGUUUGAAGCCCUCGGAAGCACGUUGGGAUUCGGGGUGGCAGUUUGCAGCAGCGCCUUUCAGUAGUUAUGUUCCGAUCCAGCUUGUCUUCGGGGCCGUGCUGGGCUCCGGCUUCAUGGGCGACGUGGCCAUCGACGACGUGCUCGUGGCCUCCGGCGGCUGCGCACUCCAGCCGGCCGAAGCCACGUCUGGGGUCAACUACACGACCCCCGUCCUCCCGACCCUUGUACCCCCGUCCACCGGCUCCCCCGAUCUAAUGUACGACUGCUCCUUCGACGAGAACGACCUGUGCGCCUGGACGAGCGACGACAGCGAGGGCACAGGAAACCAGAUGCUGUGGCAGGUUGCCUCCGAUCCGUAUUCAGGUGGCUACGCCUUCUUAGACGUUGCCGGCGAGGACCUUGGGCGCGGCGCCCGGGGCACGUUGAUCUCCCCGGCCAUCUCGGGCACGGCAGGGUCUUGCCUCUCCUUCUCCUACAUCGUGGACGGCCUGCACGAACUCAACGUCUUGAUUAUGAAAGAGACGUUUCUCGAGGAAGUGUGGCACGUCGUAGGUCCCAUUGGCACGGUGUGGAAGGACGCGCAGGUGACCAUCACAUCUGACUAUGUCUAUCAGAUCAUAUUCGAGGGCGUCAGAGCCUCGUCUCCUGAAGGCACCAUUGCGAUUGAUAACAUCACGCUCUCGUUUGACGCUUGCAAAAAGAAUGAUGAGUUCUGCAACUUCGAAGGCGGACACACCUGCGGAUGGCACCCAGCGACCUCCCUGGACUCAGGAACACCUCGUUGGGAGCUCGCAGACGGCCAGUACUCCCACGGGGACCACACCACCGGCGUCCCCGAAGGCCACGUCCUCAAGGCGACCAAUACCUGGAGCAGCGACCAGAACACGGCGCUCUCCAACUCUUCCCUCUACGUUUCGCUGGGGAUAUCCUGCGUCAGCUUCUGGUACUACUCCCAACCAUCGACCUCAGCGGUGAUCGAGUUGUAUGCUGUUGGAGACAGCCUGGACGGUGGCCUGGUACCUCCCGAGAACAUCUUCGGAAUGCCAGCGGGCGAACUGGACGCAUGGCUUUUCGCCAGAGUUCCUGUGUCCUACAAUUUAUUCCGACUACAGCUGAGUGCCACCUUCUCGUCCCCGGACAACACUUCUGCCGUGGUGGUCGACGACUUCAGAGUCCAACAAGGAACCUGUGGACUACCAGGCGAGUGUAACUUCAACGACGGCGAUCUCUGUGGCUGGAUUCCCUCCCGGACUGAGAAGGCUUACUGGGAGGUGGUCGGAGGGAGCGACCAUACGUACGGCGACCGUGGCGGCGGAAUGCUGGCACUGAAGGCUGAGAACCACGAACCCGGAGACCUUGCCGUGAUAAGAAGUCCUCCGCUGGGACCCUACACUGCUACGUCCCUGUGCAUGCAGUUGUGGGUGUCCAUGGAGGAGGUCGAAGAGGGGACGCUACGUGUCUAUGUUGAGCCAAUAGGCGAAGAGAAAGUGCUUGUGUGGAGUCUGAGCAAUUCCGUCCAGCCGGGGUGGCAGCUGGGGCGAGCGCCUCUUUACAACGUCACGACGGGCUUCUACCAAGUCGUGCUCGAGGGCGUCCUUGGCGUCAACCAGCUGGACGUCUUGAAGGUGGAUGACAUCAUGAUGUUCUACGGCCCCUGCGGUGUCUGGCCGAAGGAAGCGGCGCCGGGAGCAGGAGGCACGACCACAACUACCUCCCCUCCCCCCAUCUCCACGACGACUCAGGAACCCCUUGGAGAAUAUGACUGUGACUUCGAGAAUAUGUUCCAACCUUUCUGCAAGUGGCAGAUGUCCGAAGAGAAUGGCACGGUGCCUUGGAGGUGGCAGGUCGGGCCUCCCCAAAGCUUGUCUCCAGGACCCUCCGUGGAUCACACCUAUGGAACAGCAACCGGACACUACCUGUACGUGGAGUCGAAGUGGGCCGACCCGAUGGCGUCAGCGCAGUUGUCUGUUGGUCCUCUGGAGAACCUACAGUGCUUGCAGUUCUGGUACUACAUGUUCGGCGAGCGGACACCACAGCUCGUAGCCACUACUAGCCUCAACGGGGACGUCUAUUCCCCCGAGUUCUUCAGGGAGGGAUCUCAGGGUGACGCUUGGCAUCCUGCUAAGAUGACUCUGCAUAUCACCGGUGGAAAUUUCUAUGCAACGAUUAUAGCCCAGUGGAACGAAACAAGCCAAGGCAUCGUAGCGGUAGACGACUUGCGAGUCCACUCUGGCUAUUGCCCGUACGACCACACCGACCCUGCGAGCCUGCACGACUUCGAGAACAACGGCUCCGGCUUCGACGUGGUAGAUGGAGGCAUAGUGGACUGGGACACAAUGAACACCGGAGAACAAGCGGAUCACACGCUCGGGACGAUGAAAGGUUACAUGGCAAGAGCAGAACUUUCCAAAUACAACGUAGAUGAUAUCGGUCAGUUGAUCUCUCCCGUGUACAAGAACUAUGGGAAGACCUACAAGUGUCUACACUUCUAUUACUACCUGUCUGGAAUAACGGGAGGAGCCCAGCUGAGUGCCUACGUCAGGAGUACAGAGGACGGCUCAGGAGUGUCUAUUAACAUGCACAAGACACUCAUCUUCCAGCAGAAAAUAAGUCAGGGAGAGAUGUGGAUCAAUGCAGAGGGACACAUGAAAAUGAGCGGGAACUUCCAGGUCAUCUUCGAAGCCAAACUUUUGAAGGAAAGACCCUUAGCUGUCGUUAUGGGCAUCGACGACGUGUUUGCAACCACGGAAGACUGUAGAACAGCCUCUAUAUGCGACUUUGAACACGACAUGUGCACCUGGAUGAACGGCGAAGGAGGCACUACCGACUGGCUGCUUCAGAGCCCGGGCGAUGGCGACUCUGCCUUGGGUCCGCCGGUCGACCACACGACCAACGGGGCUAAUGGUCAUCUGCUGUUGAUGUCCGGGUCUCUGAUGCCGUUCGAGGGAGGAAACGCGCAGCUGUGGUCUCCUGUGCUGCCGGCCACGGGCUCGAAAGGAGGCUGUUUCCAGUUGUAUUACAAUGCAGCUUUCCUUCAGGAUAAAGGGGCCUUGACGGUGGUAGUUGCCCAGUCGUACCGAUGGCAGACUGUAUGGAAACUCCAACAAGGAACUGACCCUUACUGGCACUUCGCUCAGGUCACGGUCAAUCAGGACGUGCCAUUCCAGAUUGUGGUCAUGGGAGAACUGGAUCCCGAGGCCAUAUCUUAUGUCGCCGUGGACGACAUCUUCUACGAAAAGAAUUUCGCGUGCAAUGGCCAGCUGGUGCCAGAGACGGCUGACCCGAUUACGCAAGCCGUGAGCGACCUAACCUGCAAGUUCCAAGGAAAGUUCUGCAAAUGGACGCCGACGCCUGAGUUCCAAGACGGACAGACAGACCAGGUUCACGACGACCUUGGGAAGGGAAAAUACGCCUUCGUGACAGUCGACGAGGCCGUUGAGAAACCUUAUAAUUCCUACCUCGAGUCCGUCUCUAUUGCCGCCAACCCGAAUGACAAUCAGACCUAUUGCCUGCAUUUCUGGUAUUAUAUGUUUGGCGUAAACAACCCUUGGCUGACAGUGGAGCGCUAUAUCCUUAGAGACCACUGGGGCAACAAGACGGGCCCUGAAUUCAUCUGGGAGAGAACUGCUGGUUUUGUAGACAAAUGGCAGAAGGGACAUGUGGACGUUAACACCACACAGGGAGAUGUACAGCUCCGCUUGAAAGUGACAGUGGACAUGGAUGCGAAGGGCGUCGUAGCCAUCGACACCGUGGCUGCUGAGCGCGGACCGUGUUCAGAGACGCUGUCCGACUGCGACUUCGAGCUCGGGAUGUGCGGAUGGAAGGACGACGGCAGCUUCCCCCUUGAGUGGGCGAGAGUCCAGGCUAUGGAUGGGGCUCAGCUCGCUUACGACCACACGACCAACACUGAAACAGGACACUACAUGUUCCCGCGCCUCCGGGCAAAUCGAGGAAGAGAAGAUACAAUGACUGGGAUAUUAGUGUCUCCUACUCUUACACCUGGAGGGGGAAAACAGUGCCUUACCUUCUGGUAUAACAUUCAAGGCAUGGAAAAGAGUACGCUAAGCAUCUUGAGAAGAGAGGGGCCCGACUACACCGUCUUGUGGAACCGGACCGACGAACAGGGCUACCACUGGGUCCUUGGAAGAGCUGACGUGAACAUUGGUGAAUCCUUCAUAGAGCUGGGCAUCAAGGCUGAAUAUAGCGAGGACACAGGGGGUUACAUAGUAGUAGACGACGUAAGCCUCGACCCAGGACGCUGCCCGAGUAGCUCCAUCAGCUGCAACUUCGACAAAGGCCUCUGCGGCUGGACAAACAGUCUCAUGAGGAACAACAUCUGGCUGGUUGGACGAGGAUAUACCGGAAACUCGAACGUGGUUUCGGGCCCCUUGCUCGACCACACAACUGAAGAUGGACUGUACGCGUAUGUGGACUUCACGUCAUUCGCCGUCCAGAAUGAAGCUUCCGUUCUCAUGAGUGAACAACUGCCACCAACACAACUGUCCUGCUUAAGCUUCUGGUACAUCAAGUAUGGCGAGAGUGGAAGAUCCGGUGUGUUCACGGUGCAGAUGGCGGACAUCCAUAGCCACGACGGGCAAGUGACAACUCUCCUGAAGUUAGAUAACAACGUUGACGAGAGGAAAUGGACUCGCGCUUUCAUAAACGUGACCAACCCCCAAAACUACUUCCAAAUAACCCUGAACGCGAAGAAGGAAGUCCCUGACCAGUUCGUGGGCGUCGACGACCUGGAUUUCACCCAGGGAGACUGCACGCAGGUCCCGACGGUUCCUCCUCCUCCGGCUCAAUUUGUUAUGUGUGACUUCGAAGCCGAAGACCUCUGCGGGUUCGAGCAAAGCCAGGGCGACAGCUUCGACUGGGUCCGCGGCACGAGCAACGACCACGCCACGCUGCCUCUUGACCACUCGACCAACAACGCAUCUGGCCACUACAUGUACGCCGACACGAGCGUCUGGGGCGAUGGGGCAUUCACAAGCCUCUUCUCUCCUCCCAUCUACGACUUACCCGAGGCGUGUGUAGCCUUCAUGUACUUCAGCACAAAGCUCGACCAACUCCAGGCGUGGUUACACACCGAGGCCAAUCCUGACCCGAUAAGCAUUGCGAACUUCUCUGCUCCGUUUAAUGGCUGGUCUGGCGCAAGGAUGACCGUCCUCGCAGAAGGUGGCUGGCAGGUGGAAUUCAGAGUCACUGUUGGAAAUGACAACGGCUUUGUUGGCAUCGAUGACGUCAUUCUGAGUCCCGACGCCUGUCCCGAUCCUGUUUCCUGUGACUUCGAAGAUGGCAGCUGCUUGUGGCAGAACUUCGGGGGAAAUAGUUGGAUCACGGGCCGCGUAACGGACGACCCGAGCCAGUCUCCUGCCCUGGGUUUCGCUCCGCCGUACGACCACACGACCGGAACUCCCUAUGGCCACUACCUCUACUUCUACGAUGCAGCGGACUUGCCUGCAGAAGCGGUCACGGCCACCCUCCUCUCCGAAGUCUUCAGCGUCCAACGGCAGUCUUGCUUCUCCUUUUGGAUUCAUAUGUUUGGUGAUAAGGUUGGUCGGCUCACCCUAAAGACCAUACAAGACCAGGGUACCCUCGUCCUUAAAACAAUUGAGGGUUCACAAGGACUUCGCUGGAAAAACAUACAGAUCGAAUUAAGCGUUACCCCCGACCAUUGGCUAUCCUUCACGGCAGAGGGCGUUGCUGGCCACACCAACGUUGUGGCCAUAGAUGACAUUUUACUCUAUGCAGGACCCUGUCUAGAUAAUUCUACGGCCCCUGAUUUCCGCUGUAAUGAUGGUUUGACAAUCCCGCAAGAACAGGUGUGCGAUUACCGACCUCAAUGUGUGGGCAAAGAAGACGAGCGCUGGUGUGCCAACUGUGACUUUAUGGAGGACACGUGUGGCUGGAGGAGUGUGGAGACCUCAGAAGACCAAACAAAGCUCUGGUGGCAGAGGGUUUACACAAACAUCACAGGUCCAGAUGAUCCCCACAGCUAUCACAUGGGCGUGUUGAAGAAGAGCGGGAGCGUUGUCAACAAACCGCGACUUUUAACUCGGGUUCUGCAGCCUACGCACCACACCUGCGCUCUGCACUUUGACUAUGAGCUUUAUGCAGAUGACUAUCCAGGCCCUGAGAUUAACAUAUACGUAGAGCAUGGAGGAGCCGACCUCACCAAAGUAUUCCGCGCCCAAAGCUUCUCUUCGGAGUGGCAGACCCUCGCGCUCCCGCUGGGCAGCAUAUCCUCUUCAUACCACCUCCUGAUCGAGGCCGCUGCUUCAUUCGACCUCCUGCAGGCAGUCAAUGUCGAUGAGAUCUUGCUAUCGAACUGCUGGCCACCGACGCCGUGCGAAGAGGUGCCCGAGGGAUAUACCGUGUGCGAGAAUAAGGCAUGCGUUCCUCCUGACGCCGUGUGUGACUUCACUGACGACUGCGGGGACUACACAGACGAAGCAAGUUGUGAUAACUACCCUGCUAGAUGUGCCUUUGAAGACGGUUCAACGUGUGACUGGGUUGCCACGGACAUGUUCAACCUGACGGAGGCGCGGCAAAGCACCUCGCCACCUUUCAGAGACCACACACUCAACACUGCCGCUGGUCACUAUAUGCAGAUGCUCAAGUCUGUCGUGACCGGAGCUUUAUACAGUCCUAUCAUUCAUCCCUCUGUAGGAUGCCAGCUUCGGUUUUACCAUGCCUUGGGCGGCAGUACCUCAACCAGCCUGCAUGUAAGGGCCCAGUCAGCAACAAGCAAUGAAAUCCUCACAGAAGAAACUCUCGAAGCCUAUAGUUCAGAAACGUUUUACUGGCAACGUUUCCAUGCGGAAUUCACCACCUCCGAAACAUUUUAUUUCGCACUCGUAGGAGACAUUCCAGAGUCGGGCUCCGUUGGUCUCGAUGACAUCUCUCUUUCCCCCGAGUGCCAAGUGAGCCAAGCAACGCCCACGCCGCCCGUUCUUACCACCCCAGACCCCAGUGCGUGUGGAUCAGACCAGUAUAAGUGUAAGGGCACUGGAGUCUGCAUUUCUAGAGAUCAGGUAUGUGACUUCAACCUCGACUGCGACCAAGGAGAUGACGAGGAGCUCUGCGGCACCACGACCUUCGAAAACAACACAGGUGGAUGGCAAGACGUUAGCGACACGAGCUACUCCUGGUCGAGGGUGUACUCUCCCAACGCCCAGUACCCGAAUAACACUGCGCCAAUCACUGAUCACACUGGGGAUGGCGAGGGCUACUAUAUGUGGGUUCCAGCCAAGCUUGCGGACAUCCCUGAAGCUAUGGCUAUCAUGAAGUCACCCCCGGCUGGACCUCCUGCCAUGCCCUGUUCUGUAACCAUGUGGUACUACUGCAAAGACACAAUGCCCUCACUUAGCCUAUCUGCUUGGACAGCUGGACAAUUUAAUGAAAUGAUCAGUUCCAAGGACCUCAGGUGUUCCGGUAACCAAGAAUGGCGUCAGGCUCAGCUUUAUAUAGGAGAACAGAACUACAGGAUUAGUGCUGAGGUGACGAGUAUCAAGUGGGCCAGUGAUUGGUCGAGCACCAUGUAUGACGCUGCCGUUGAUGAUGUGUCGUUCACGAAAUGCUCUAAAAACCAGGAGGCAUCAAGUGAGGACAUACGAUGCACAUUCAGUGAGCCUUGCGACCUUUAUCAGUGCAAGAACGACGGCAUGGACUGGAGCACUGAUGUUGAAAAUCACAAUACCUACGCUUUCGUAGCAGGAAACACGCAGUACUCGAGAGCCAUCUUGCAGACAUAUUGGCGCAAACCAUCUAUUGGUUUCUGCUUCUCGUUUAGAUACAUGUUAGAGAGCCAAGGUGAGCUAGAAAUUCUCCUGCUUUACAAUGACAACUCGUCUGAUACUUUGUGGAAGCGAGGUGGCGGGAUGCAGUUCUUGGACUGGCGCCACGAACACCUUGAAAUCUCCACGCCUUAUUAUUACCAGCUCCUCAUACUUGCCACAACCCAGGGAACAGCAGACAGAGUAAGAAUUGAUGACGUAGACCUGAUACAUAGUCCGUGCCCUCCAUCCCUCACGUGUAACUUCGACGAUGAAUCACAGACCUGCAUGUGGGAUAAUGCCUUCGAGUUGGGAGCGACUCUGCCGUGGUCCCUCGGCUCGGGAAGUGAGAACAUAUCAGCUGGUCCAGACGUCGAUCAUUCUUGGGGAACGCCCCUGGGUCAUUACGUGUACCUGGACCUGCAGGGAAACCAAGACGGCGAGAAGGCUUUCUACAAGAAUCCGGAUACCAUUAACACGUCCACCAGUGACGGCGACUGUUUCCGCUUCUGGUUCUACCUUUAUUCCCUCGACGCUGGGAAGGACGUGGGAGAACUGGGUAUCCGUCUGCUACUGAACGAGGAGACCCUGACAGACCGGCUUUGGGAACACAAAUAUAACGGGCGAGAUGAAUGGCAGUACGGAGAGACUACGGUCAAGGUUGAAAAUAAAUUUAGGGUUAUACUAGAAGGCUUGAGACUACCUGGCACAGCAGGGCACAUGGCCUGGGACGACCUGAGCGUAGUGAGAGGACCCUGUAAACCACCAGGAACCUGUGACUUCGAGUCCGGACUGUGUGGAUGGGUGGAUGUCCCUGACUCGCAGGGGAACAGCUGGGAGUGGCUGAAGGCGGAGGAAGCCAGCGACGGCGUUUUAAUUGACCAUACGACCAACAGCGGAGCAGGCCACUAUAUAUCCUUUGACUUAGCGCAAUGUGCUUUUGGCUCCACCUGUUCUGCUGAACUUGUAAGCAGCGACAUCACCCCGACUGAUAACACCUACUGCUUCUCUCUCUUCAUGAACAGUCUCCAGAGUAAUAGUGACACAAAUGUUGUCAGCGUAGAGAUCGUCAAUGUGGAAAGAAACACAUCCCGAGUGGCAGGGACCUUAUAUAAUCCAUUCAACUACGUCUGGAACAACUAUAAAAUCUCACUGAACAGCAUCGACUACUUGUUCCACCUGCGCGUGAAGGUUAAGAUGCUUCAAGAUUUCCUUAAUGGUCAAGCAUACAACGCCCUGGACGACCUGCUCUUAGAAACGGGCAAAUGCGAAUGGACGGGCCUCACGACACUCUCACCUAUCACUACACCUGCGCCGGAAACGAAACUCACCUGUGACUUCGAGAACGCUAACCCCUGUGACUGGAGGCAGGACCUGACUGAUGGAGGAGACUGGGUUCUCACCUCAGGGGCGUUUCUCAAUUCUGAUCAGGGGCCUCUUGUCGACCAUACGACGCACCUAUCGGAAGGCCACUUUAUGUACACCAAGUCCAGUGGAGCGAAGCGCACCAUCCGGCUGAUGUCGGAUACAUUCUCAAGCGAUGAGGGAGGAAAUUGUUUCUCCUUCUAUUAUUACAUGCAUGGCGACAAACCACCUUUCCUCAAGUUCUAUAUCAUGAAAGACGGAGACAAACCCAGCGGCUUGGCAGACUGGGAACACCGCUCGGAGGUUGGAGAGACGUGGCAGAGAGUCGAAAUCCACAUUCAACACCACGAACACCUGCAUUACCUGGUGUUGCAGGCCGAAACGCAGGAGACCGAGACAGAUGAGGGACACACGGCUAUCGAUGACCUGUUACAGACUGCUGGAUCGUGUGAAGGAUUGGGAGAUCACCCGUGUGACUUCGAGACGUCUGACCUCUGUGAAUUUGCCGCCACUGACCUGGAUGGAGACUUCUGGGCGUGGGGUUGGGGAACUAAUCAAGAUCUGAAUAAUGCUCCGGAAAUAGAUCACUCGUACGGCUCAACCGACGGCCAUUAUGUGUACCUAAACCACCGUAGUAACGAAGUAAAGACCGAUGCUUACCUUACAAGUCUGAUAGGUAGCAGCUCUGGUGCCAUGUGUCUGCAGUUCUAUCACUACAUGCAAGGUCGCGACACCUGGACCGGAUAUCUAAAAGUGUACGUGAAGAACCCCAGUGUUAACAUCAUAGACAUCAGCCCAGUAUGGAUGGAGAGCGGGCCGAAGGGGGACAGGUGGAUCAUGAGCCGCAUUCCCUUGAACUUUGGAGGACAGUAUCAUGUAAGGAAUGGAAUUACCAAGCUGUGUAUUGUGUUUGGUUGCUGUACGAUUGCAAAUUCUAAUAGGUCUCUCCUUGCAGGUAUCCGUUAA